AUGGCCAUGCUGGGCCCCGACGGUCCCCUGUGCGCGGCGGACCCGGAGACGCUGCGGGACUACCUCAAGGCCUCGCACUUCUCGCUGGCGCUCGACCCGCGUCUGCACCAGGAUGCCAGGUGCUCCAAGGCGCACGCGGACUUCCAGGCCUACCCGGCCACCACCGCGGCGGCGCCGCCGGACCGGCCGCCGUCGCCCUCGCAGCUCUUCCACUACGACCGGCGCUGGAAGGACGACGGGUACUUGCCCGAGAUGCGCCGCGCGUUCGCCUUGCUCAGCGCGCCGCCGGCGGACACGCCGGAGCAGCGGCGGGAGCGCGCGCGGACCCUGCAGGCCAGCCACCUGCCCCUGCACGCGGGCGCGCACGCCGGCAUCGGCCUGUCCCUGGCGCACGCCGCCUACGGCUGGCACGGGAUGCCGCCGCUCGCUGCCCGGGAGCAGAUCCGGGGCGCGCGCCUCAUCUUCGACCGAGACUCGGUGCCAGCCGGCGACAAGGACAAACUGGGCAUCCCGCACACCACGCACAAAGCGCACUUCCAGCCCUACUCCGAGGACCCGCCGCCCCGCGCGCCCUCCUACCAUCUGGGGGGUCCCAACCCUCUCCGGUGGAACUACAAAGGCCCCAUAGAGACCUCCAACUCAAGACAGUUCAGGGCCCUUCCAGGCCCACCCGCUCCCAUGUGUAAGAGGGCCUCCUCCUCUGUGCAACUGGGAGACUGCAAAAUUAACUAUACCCACAUGCAUUCAGACCUGAAGCAGAUGCACACUCCCCAGGAGCUGUCCCCAGACAGGUACAACAAAGCCCAGGCUUCAGCCCAGAUCUUCCAAGCAAACAUUAAUCCUGGAGAUGGACACUUUUACCACAGGACAACUAUGAAUGAUCAUUUCUAUCCCCGGGAGCCAGAGCCUUUUACUUCCUCCCACGAUAAGACUCCGGAUUCCCACAUUUUGAAAGGAAAUUGGCAGCACGGCCCAGGCAACCUUGAUACUUCUAUGCAGUAUUUCUUCGUCCAGACCCCGCCUGCAACCCAGCCACCCAGCCGCCACUUACCUCUAGAGAAACAGAAGGAUCACGUGGCCCUAGGAGACACAAAGCUGCUCAGAGAAUUCUUCCACACUACCACGCGCUCAACCUACGGCCACUUAGAACCCCAGCCUACACAGAUUGCCCCCAGCCUUCAUUUGUUGCCCAGCACACUGCCACGGGGCACAGGCGAUCCCAAUGCCACCCUGGAACCCUGCACCUACCUUCACAUCGGCCACUCCCACUUAGGCCAGCCAUACUCCCGCCCCUUUCUCUAUCCACCUUUACCCAAUCCUAACCCCACCUCGUCUGCCAAGUAUCGGCUCCGCCCCCACAAGCUGUUUUCAACGGAGAACCAGAGUUCUUUUAAGCCUCGUGGAGUAGCCCCAGCCGCCAUGACGCAAGAUUUGCUAUGGCGGUGCAAAUACAGCCACCUGGAGCCCCCGCUGGGAGAUCAACGCUUCUUAUCAACCACCUACAAAGAUGAAUUUCCUUUCAAGUACAAUGGUCCACUGGUGCUGAAACCGAAUGUUACAAAUGAGAGCCAUUUGCCCCUAGGUUCCCCUAAAUGGUGGGGCUGCAGGAAGGUAGACCCUCAGGCCCCCCAGAUCUCUAUGAACCCAUGUCCCAGUCCGCAAUAA